AUGACCAUGAAUAAGAUGAAGAACAACUUCAAGCGCCGCUUCUCCCUGUCCGUGCCACGCACGGAGACCAUCGAGGAGUCACUGACGGAGUUCUCAGAGCAGUUCAGCCAGCUCCACAGCCUGCACAAUGAGGCCCUGCAGCUCGGUCCUCUGGGCAGAGACCCCCAACCACAGUGCGGCACCCCCUCCCCCACGGACGGCGGGGAGGACCCCAGGCCACCGUCCCCCGGCCCGCAGUACCGGCGGCAGAACCAGCGCCGCUUCUCCAUGGAGGACAUCAGCAAGAGGCUGUCCCUGCCCAUGGACAUUCGCCUGCCCCAGGAGUUCCUGCAGAAGUUACAGCUGGAGAGUCCAGAUGUGCCCAGGCCUCUCAGCCGCAUGUCCCGCCGUGCCUCUCUGUCCGACAUUGGCUUUGGGAAACUGGAAACCUACGUGAAACUGGACAAACUGGGGGAGGGCACCUAUGCCACGGUCUUCAAGGGGCGCAGCAAACUGACAGAGAACUUGGUGGCCCUGAAGGAGAUCCGGCUGGAGCACGAGGAAGGGGCCCCCUGUACUGCCAUUCGCGAGGUGUCCCUGCUGAAGAACCUGAAGCAUGCCAACAUCGUGACCCUGCACGACCUCAUCCACACGGAGCGGUCCCUCACCCUGGUCUUCGAGUACCUGGACAGUGACCUGAAGCAGUAUCUGGACCACUGUGGAAACCUCAUGAGCAUGCACAACGUGAAGAUUUUCAUGUUCCAGCUGCUCCGAGGUCUUGCCUACUGCCAUCGUCGUAAAAUCCUGCACCGGGAUCUGAAACCCCAGAACCUGCUCAUCAAUGAGAGGGGGGAGCUGAAGUUGGCUGACUUUGGAUUGGCCCGUGCCAAGUCAGUGCCCACGAAGACCUACUCCAAUGAGGUGGUGACCCUGUGGUACAGGCCCCCUGACGUGCUGCUGGGGUCCACAGAGUACUCCACCCCUAUCGACAUGUGGGGCGUGGGCUGCAUCCACUACGAGAUGGCCACUGGGAGGCCCCUCUUCCCCGGCUCCACGGUCAAGGAGGAGCUGCACCUUAUCUUCCGACUCCUCGGGACCCCCACGGAAGAGACUUGGCCCGGGGUGACAGCCCUGUCGGAGUUCCGAGCCUACAACUUCCCCCGGUAUCUCCCGCAGCCGCUCAUCAGCCAAGCUCCCAGGUUGGACCCUGAUGGCAUCAACCUCCUGAGCAGCCUCCUCCUGUACGAAUCCAAGAGCCGUGUGUCAGCAGAGGCGGCCCUGAGCCAUCCGUACUUCCGGUCCCUGGGAGAGCGUGUGCACCAGCUUGAAGACACUGCCUCCGUCUUCUCCCUGAAGGAGAUUCAACUUCAGAAGGAUCCAGGCUACCGGGGCCUGGCCUUUCAGCAACCAGGACGAGGGAAGAACCGGAGACAGAGCAUCUUCUGAGCCAGGCCCACCCAGCUGUGAGCCCAGGGACACACUUGUGGGUAGAAUGGGACCUGUGUGUCCUCAGAGGACUGAGGAGCGGGGCUAACGGCUGCCCAGAAGACCUCUUGCAGCCCUGCUGGUCACGGCUGUUUCCUCUGCCUGCUUCCUGCUUGCCUCCCCUGUGGCCUGGCCCUGGAUACCUACCCCUCGCCAACUGGCCCAGGGGUUGGGAGGAGCUGCUCCUCCAGGGGAAGGUGCGGGGCAGGAGGGGCCUUGGACCCUCGCCCACCCUGCAGAGUUCGGGCGCCCUGGUGGGCUCCGCACGGACAGGAGAACCUGGUGCCAGGCAGAGUGCUAUGCCAGGACAGGUGCCGCCGGGCCUCCCUGGGGCCUGCUCACCCGCUUGGCAGAGCCCUUCGGGCCCCUUAGAGCCCACACGUCCCAGACCUUCUUCCCCUCAGAGCAGGAACCUGGUACAUCUGGGACCCUGAAAUCCUGGGUGCCAAUGUGUAUGCCAGGGUCCACCCCCACCUCAGAGGUGCCUGUCGCUGGAGCAACAGAGAGGAGGAGCUCAGCCCCCUUAUCAAGCGCAGCCGGUCUGGCUCCCUCCUCACCAGGUGCCCUGUAUCAGCCGGAUGCCUGCUGGGCCCGGAGAGGCUGGCACACCUGCCUUCGGCCCCUCCCCAGCCUAGAUAGGAUUGCCUUAAGUCAGCAGGUGGAAGAGCGGCCCUGCCCUCUGAGAGCUCCUACCUGCCCCUCCCGCUGCUCUUGUUCAUCCCGCUGAGCACCAAUAAGCUGCCCCUGGGCAGCACCCAGACGGUUGGGGCACUCAGAUGCAGUGCCAGGCUGGCUUGCGCUCCUUGGAGACGGCCCCCGGGGUUCUGGUCCUUGCUCCACCCCAUUCCUGCUCCGGCCCCCCCCCACCCCAGAGCGGGGUCAGGGGAGAGGGUGUCAAGGCCAGAAGGUGGGACAGGACGGCAGCUUCUAUCCUGAGAGCCCACCCCGGGCGCAGGCUAGAUGCAGGGCCGCAGGUACCCUCGCCCAGCACCCCACUCAGCACCUCUGUUGUGUUCCCAAAGUGCCACUGCGGCUGCACCUUGAAUGACAAAGGCCAAGGCGGGGCCAGACCUGCCCAGCCCAGUCCCCUCAGCCCCGAGGGUCCCAGCCUCCCGCCAACCUCCUCACCUCCCCCACUGUACUGUGAAAGUCCUGUGACUCAGCACAAAGACAGAUAAUAUAUUUAAUUCAUGUUGUA